UUCUUCUAUAAAUUCUUUUACUAUUUAUUUUAACGUGUCGUCGUGGUGUAUUUGUUUAAAAUUAAAUUUAUUUAUUUUCUAAAAAACAAAAAAACUAUUUAAAAAAACUUUGUUAUAAUUCCUACUAAACAAUGGAUUCAAUUGAAGAGUUUUUGCAAAAUUAUUAAAAGGAUUUUAAAUCCUUUCAAACAUUGACCCCCCAAACUCCUAUAAAAAUUAGUUUUAAAAGUUCAAUUAAAACUGAUUCUCUUGUUUGAAUCUUAUGUGGGAUUUGAUUCUAUUCUAUUAUAUAGAGGAAAUUUUCAAAUAAUAAGUAAGCCGGAGAACGCAAGAGACAUUUCAUCAACGAGUUUAACAACUGAUGGAUGGAAAUGCUCAAAAUAUGUUUCACGGAAAUCAUCAAGGAGACCCCUACUAUCGCUAUGACCCCGCCGCUGCAGCUGCCGCAGCUGCAGCUUCCCCUAGGGCCAUGGGUCCUCCCGGUGGCUAUCCCCGCCAUCGAGCCCCACAUCCGUUGCAACAGCAACCUCAAUAUCCCACUUAUCAACCAGCGGCAGAUAAUAUUUAUGGUUUAAGUGCAGCCGAUCAACAUGCCGGCAUGGGUAUGGGUGAUUUAAGCGGUUGGGGAGCAGCUCCAACAGUGCCCGGUCAGGCUGGGGCCUAUCCAGGUACCGGUUUAGGAGCCUAUGGUCACCCCCAGGCUGGUCCGCCUUCGCAGCAGAGGCAAUCAUCAGCACAACCAAGUUACCGCCAACAUAUGCCCGCCUAUGGUCAGCAGGAUCCCCAAAAAUUACCUUAUGCCACACAGCAGAGCAUGAUGAGUGGUUUAUUGCAACAGCCAGGCGCAAAUGUUGGCCCUGCCGGUUACGGUGCCCUUACACAACAACAACCACAGCAGCAACAACAGGCAUCGACACCACAACAACAGCAGCAACAGAGUCAACAAUCACGUCUGCCUCAGCAUUAUCCACAAGCUCCCACACAACAUCCCCUCUAUCCGGGUGCUCCUACGCAGGGACAGCCGGGUGGCUCGAGUGGACCCGGUGUACCCAGUAGUACACAAGGCUAUGCUCAUAGUCCUUAUGGAGCGCCCAUGCAACAUCAACCUGGCCGAUCAUCACAGCAUGUUGGUUAUGGUCAUGCUGGUCUGGAGCAACCAAGUCCGUAUGGGCAACAUGUACCGGGAGGAGCAGCAACCCCUGGUGGAGUGCCCGCACAUCAUUUGGCUGCCCAACAGCAGGCUGGACAAUUGGGUGCCCAUCCAUCGCCUCAUAUGGUGAGUGCAGGCGCCCAACAACAACAGCAGCAGCAACAGCAAACACCAGCUAGUAUGCAACAUGGUGUACCAACCGGUUUGGGUACACCACAACAGCAGCAACAAAGUUCUACACACUUGCUUCAGAGUCAACAGCAACAGCAGCAGCAACAACAACAACAACAGCAACAAUCCCAAAAUCAUGUUGGUCUAAUGCAGGGAUCAACUCAACAUCAACAAUUGCCAGCUCCGCAUAGCAUGGGAGUACCGCCUACCUACGGAGGUCAUCACCAGCAACAGCAGCAAUCCCAACCACAACCUCCACCCACACAGCAGCCGGUUAGCGGUGCCCCUCCCUAUAUGACGGCCUCUGGCAAACAUCAGGCCACUGCAUCGCCACAAUACAGGGCCCCUUUUCCACAAUUAUCUCCGCAAAUGUCUCCGCGACAGCCGACCAUGUCUCCGCAUCCACAAAUGUCGCCACGGCCAGGCAUGAGUCCCGCAAAACCUCCACCACCAACACAGCAGCAGCAACAGGGACCAUCGCCACAAGCCCAACAACAGCCUCCGGUUAAUUCACCCAGUCAACAGCAGCAGCAACAACCCACUCACCACAGUAUUUCCGGUAUGGUGGGUUUGACUUCGCCCAGACAGCCAGCUGGUAGCAGGGGUCCUGAACCACCUAGUUCAAAGGCCAGUUCGGUGGGCGGUCCACCGGUGAACACGCUACAAGCUUUGGAACAAAUGGUUAUGCCGGGACAAGGCAUGUCGUCGGGACCAAUGGAUUAUCCAUCAGCAUAUCGGCAGGCAGCGGCUCAGCAUGGCCCCAUGGGUCCUCGAAUGCCGGUAUCGCCACAACAUCAUCAACAGUGGUCGGCUCAUUUGAGCAUGCAACAGAGUCAACAGCAGGCACCACCAAAUCCGAUGAGUGUAGGUCAAAUGACGGCGCCACCACAAAUGCCUCAUCCGCAACAACAGCAGCAGCAACAUCAACAGCAGAUGGGUAUGUAUGGUCAACCAACGCCGCCGCAAACACACCAUCAGCAGCAACAACAAACAUCACAACAACAGCAGCAGCAACCACCAACGCAACAACAACAGACUGUAACACAACCACCAACUUCACAUGCUGGACAUUUAGCUACACCUGCCUCUCAGACUACGCAACAGCAGCAGCAAGUAACUCCUCCCCAUGUACAGCAACAGCAACAACAACAGCAGCAACAACAACAUCAACAGCAACAACAACACCAACAACAACAGCAGCAACAACAAUUGAGCGAGCAAUUGCAGCAUUCCAUUAAUGAUAUUGUGGGUAAUACAUCCAACUCUCAACAACAGCAGCAACAACCCUCCCAUACCUCCUCCAUGUCACCCAUGCAUCACCAACCUGGAGGCAUGUCUUCGAUGCAUUUGAUGAGCUCAGCCUCUGCGGCUCAUCAUCAAAUGACACCAGAAGCUCAUCAUACACCUUCAGCUAUGAUGCAGGCUAGAACAGCAACUCCCUCUCAAGAAACACAAAUGACUCCAACAACACCAACGAGUCAACAACAGCAAAUUCAACCGCAUCAUGUGCAACAGCAGCAAUCACCUUUACAACCUCCUCCACAUUUGCAACAGCAGCAAAAACAACAAAGUCCUCAUCCUCAUCAGCAGCAACAUAGUCCUCAUCCUACUACCACCCACCAUCAACCACAACAACAACAACAGCAACAACAACAAAGUCCACAUCCCCACCAACAGCAACAGAGUCCUCACACUCACCCUCAGCAGCAAUCACCGUUGCAUCCAACCCAACAACAGCAUCAAAGCUAUCAACAACAACAGCAGCAGCAACAUCAAUCACCCUUCAAUCCACAAGAUCCUUUUUCGACAAUGAUGCAACAUCAGCAGCAGCAAGCCACACCUACACCCCCGCCCCAACAACAGGCCCCUACCAUACAACCUGCAGAAACCAGUUCCACACCUAAUGCGAUAGUUCCAACAUCAGCACCCUCAUCCAUAGUCCAACAACAGACAACAACCCCUACAUCCAGCAUCAUGUCACCGGCUCAUGUCUCUUCUCCUCUGACCACAAUGUCCUCGACUCUGAGCAAAUCCCAGCAGCAAUCACAAUUGCAAACAACACAGCAGCAACAACAACCUUCAACACCCUCCACACCCUCCACACCCACGCAACAUCAUCUAAUCAGUGGAAUCCUUAAUGAAACUGCCAAUUCAAAUGAUUCUUCAACACUCGCCGUUGCGGCCAAUGACAGCAAUAACAGCAGCAGUAAUUCCUCGACCAACAGUACGGUCAACAAUCAUCCUACAUCAAUACAUGACAGCAAUUCACAGAGUUCCAUUAAUAGCAAUCAUAAUACCCCGGCUACUCUAAAUGCCAUAGAGUCUAGUUUAGGAGCCACCAGUAACGCUCUCUUAAAUUCCAAUUCCAACUCUGCCACUAAUGCGGGAGUAAUUAGUGGUGGUGGUGGAGGCGGUAGUAAUAGUGUGAGUGGAGGUAUUUUGGAUAGCGCUGGCGCUAGUCUAUUCGAUAAUAAUUCCAUGUCUUCAAACAGUGGAGCGGUUAAUACCCAAGUAUCCGCUUCAUCUACUGCAGCGGCAGCCAUUAUGGAUAGCAAUUCGCAAAGUUCAUUUAUGGGAGCCAUGGCUGGACAAGAUUUUAGAGAUGAAAAGUCAAUGGGUAAGUCUGCGGAAUCUGAAGAGACACCCAUGGAUACUACAGAGGCCAGAGAUUUUCCAACCAAUACACCGACUGAUACGACAAUAAACGAAGAAACUAGUGGGACGACAGGAGCUGCUGAAAUAGCAGCUAAAGUUAUCGAUGAAGAUACUAUCUCUUUGCCCACAACUCAAACACCAACCGGCGGUGAACAGGAAAUAACGGAUAAUAACGUUACUCCCCAAGAGGUAACAAAGGUGGUGACAACACCAGAAAUAACUCCUGCAACUGAGGCUACAAAUGAAGAAAAAGUGGUUGAAUCGAAACCGGAGGAAAAGGUCGAAGCUUCUUUGACAACAUUAAGCACACCACAAACGCAGACAUCUACAACUACACCCACACCAACUUCAACGCCCACUCUGCCCACUACGCUGCCCAGUCAGACACCAACUCCUCCAAUUGUUAGCGAAGUUGUUGGCAUGAUAGGACAAAAACCUCCACAAAGUGCAUUACAAACAUUGGCACCACGUCCACCACACCCAGCUAUGGGUCCCAACUCAAUGACGGGAAUGAUGCCCCCUCACCCUCCACCUCCGCCGCAUGUUAUGCCCCCAGGACCGGGAAUGACGGCUAUGGGCUAUGAUGGAACACCGGUAGGACCUACAACGCCCCAACCCACAAUGACACCACAUGGUAUGCCACCGCAUGCCAUGAUGCCACCCUAUCCACCACCACCGCCGCCAACACAAGGAGGUCCUCAGGGUCCCCAUAUGGGCUAUCCGCCAUACCCAAUGCUUCAUCAACAGGAAAUAGCAGCUUUACAACAGCAACUACAGGAACUUUACUGUAUGCCACCACAACAUGAUCAUCAAGAGAAAAUAAUGCGUUUGCAAGAACGUCUCAAUAUAGUGCAACAGCAUGAAAUCACCGAUCAGUGCGCGGGUGGACCUCAAUGUCUGCUAUAUCAAUCGAUGCCUCCGCAACUGUAUGGACCCGCAGCCAUGCAUCAGGCUCAAAUGAUAGAAACACCUCAGGUGUCGAGCACUACUGGCAGGGGUAGAGGAAAAGGCACCAACAAACCGCGCAAGCCAAGAGUUAAAAAAGGUGAGAAGGGCCUUUUGGCACCCACCAGCGAAUUGAUGGAUAUCAGUGGCAAUGUGGUAGUGCAACAAACAUCCAUACCCCCCAAUCAAUUGCCGGUUUCAGAGGAUUGUGUUACCCAAGGAGCAGGAGAUACAUCGGUAGUCGGUAUGUUGGAGUAUCAUGAAGGCAGUGGUGGUGAUCAUUCCCAAGAUGUACAUUCGGCCAAUGAACUUGAUACUUCCACCGAUGGCACGGGAAAGAAAAAGAAACCUAGAAAGCCGCGCACACCCAAGGAUCCCAACAAGCCACCUAAGGAGAGAACACCAAAGGUGAAAAAGAUUAAAGGUGUACCGGUGGAGGGUCAAGAGGGUGUAGAAACGACGCCCGGCACAGUAGGCCGUAAACGUCAGCCAGGAGGAGCACGCAAAAAGAAAUUAGCUGAAGAAGCUGAUGCAGAUAAAUCGGCUGGUGCUGGUUUGUUGACGACAGAAGCUGGUAGUGAGAACGAGGAUAACAAACCUUUAAUGGCAAAAACUUCAGCCGGCGAAGGUGUCGAACCAGACGCUGAUGGUGAUAAUAAACCAGAAACAACCACUUUGGAUGUCGAUUUAAAAUGUUCCACGGUAGAUGGAGAAUCUCCCGAUUACGAUGAUAUACCAGUAUCGAAAAUACCCAAAGGUGAUGAUAGCGCCGGACACCAUGAGGUGGGAGAUGAAACCAUUGACUCUAUACCAGAUUCAGCUGGUGAUUCCACGGCUACUCCCAGCAGACGAACCAAGAAGAGGCGUGGCCGAGGAGCCAGCAGUAAUCAUGGUGAAGAUGGUGAGGGUAGAUCCGGGCGCAGAAGGGGUCAACUUUCGGCUAAAGCCUUAAAAAAGAGACGUAAUAGAGGACGCAUAGUGCCCGAAUCAGAUGGUGAAGAUGAUAAUCUACAGGCCACACCGCCGCCAUCGCCACCACCCGAUAAUGAUCUGGACACCAGCAAGCGUAGAUCUUCUCGAAAUACACAACGUAAAAAGUACAUAGACGAUGUCAUGCUUAGAUUCUCAGACGAUGAAAAUGAAUCGUUGUUGGGUUCCUCGCCCCUAAAAAAAGAAAAGAAAUCCUCCUCUGCUGCUUCAACUUCAGCAUCGGCUUUAGCUGCUGCUAGUGGUAACACUAGUGAUAACGAGAAAGGCGAUCAAUUAAUCUCUUCACAACAGACGGAUGGUGGUCAAGAAUUGCCAACUACCAGCAGUGAAGAUAAAUCUAACAAUGCUGAAGAUAUACCCGGAGGUGAAGCCACCUCCAGCACGACUUCCUCAGCUACAUUUGUUAAUGAGAAAAGUGAAAAAUCUCAAGAUGCGCCUCCACCAGCUUCUGCAAAACCCAAUUAUGUUUACAUCAAUACCGGAGACGAGGAUAGCAUGGUGGUACAAUAUGUAUUGGCAGUGAGAAUGGGUAAACGUGAGUUAUUGCCCGAACCGCCGCCACGACCACCAACACCUAAACCUAAGGUGGAAGAUGAUAAACCCAAAAAUGAAGAGGAAAAUAAGGAGUCUAAAGAUAAUAAUGAAGAUAAAGAAACAAAAACGGAUACCGAUAAAGAAAAAUCAGAAGAUCAAGAAAUUAAAGGAGAGACUGCCACUUCUACAGAUGAAAAGAAGGAAUCAAUUAGUGAUGAAAAAGAUGCCGUAGAACAAGAAGGCAAGGAAGAUGAGAAAAAAUCUGAAGAAGAAAAGGAAAGCUCUGAAAACAAGACUGAAGAAAAAUCUGAAAAAGAAGAGAAAAUGGAAGUGGAUGAGAAACCAAUUGAAGAUAAACAAACUUCCGAGGAAAAGGUAGAAACUAAAGAAGAAAAGAAACCAGAAGAGAAGGAAGAAGAAAAUAGAGAACAAAUAAAUGAUAAGAUGGAAGUUGAAACUGAUGAAAAGAAAACUGAAACAGAAGAAGAGAAAGAAGAAAAGAUGGAAGUAGAAGAAGAAGAAGUUGAAAAAGAGAAGGAAAGUGAGAAAGAAAAAGAGGAAUGUAAAUCUCUUGAAACAAAUGAAGAAAGUGUGUCUAAUAAAGACAAAAAACAGGAUGAAGAAACUAAAACUGAACAAUCCACUAAGGACGAUGAAAGCAUGGAAGUGGAAACCACAGAUGAAGACAAAAAAUCAACUGAAGAUAAAACUGAAAAAGAAGAAAGCAAAGAGCCAAGCUCAGAAGAAACUAAAGAUGAAAAGAAAGAUGUCAAAACUGAAGAUGAUAAGAAACCCGAUGACGAUAAAACUAAACCAGAACCUGUAUAUAUAGAAGUAGAAGAAUUCUUAGUUAAAUACCGCAAUUUCUCUUAUCUUCACUGUGAGUGGCGCACGGAAGAAGAACUUUUCAAGGGUGACCGUCGUGUUGGAGCCAAAAUCAGACGUUUCCAACAGAAACAAGCCCAACAAAUGAAUGUUUUCGAAAAUCUCGAAGAGGAAUAUUUCAAUCCGGACUUUGUUGAGGUCGAUCGUGUGUUAGACAUGUCCGUGCACACCGAUGAACAGACAGGUGAAACUACCAAACAUUAUUUGGUUAAAUGGAAGUCAUUGCCCUAUGAAGACUGUACAUGGGAGUUAGAAGAAGAUGUUGAUGAUGAUAAAAUCGAACAAUAUGUUCGCUUUAAUAAAAUACCACCACGCACAGAGUGGAAACCCAAAAAGCGACCAACACCCGAUCAAUGGAAGAAAUUGGAUAAGACUCCUGUGUAUAAGGGUGGAAAUACUUUGAGACCCUAUCAAUUGGAGGGUUUAAAUUGGUUGAAAUUCUCCUGGUAUAACACACACAAUUGUAUAUUAGCCGAUGAAAUGGGUUUGGGUAAAACUAUACAAAGUUUAACAUUUGUCCAUUCCGUGUACGAGUUUGGCAUUAGGGGUCCUUUCUUAGUUAUAGCACCCCUCUCCACUAUACCCAAUUGGCAGCGUGAAUUUGAAAGUUGGACUGAUAUGAAUAUUGUGGUAUAUCAUGGUUCGGUGACCAGUAAACAAAUGAUCCAGGACUACGAAUUCUUUUUCAAAACCGAAAGUGGCAAAGUUCUCAAAGAGCCUACCAAGUUUAAUGUGCUUAUUACCACCUUUGAAAUGAUUGUGACGGAUCAUAUGGAUUUGAAAAAUUUCAAUUGGCGUUUAUGUGUCAUUGAUGAGGCUCAUAGAUUGAAAAAUCGUAAUUGCAAACUUUUGGAUGGUUUGCGCCAACUUAAUUUAGAACACAGAGUUUUGUUAUCCGGUACUCCUUUACAGAAUAACAUGAGUGAAUUGUUCUCUUUGCUUAAUUUCCUUGAACCCAGUCAAUUUUCUUCGGCAGAAGAGUUUAUGGCGGAAUUUGGUAGUUUAAAAACUGAGGAGGAAGUCAAUAAAUUGCAGGCCUUGUUAAAACCCAUGAUGUUGAGAAGAUUAAAGGAUGAUGUUGAGAAAUCCUUGGCUCCCAAAGAAGAAACUAUUAUAGAGGUAGAGCUGACAAAUAUACAAAAGAAAUAUUAUCGUGGUAUUUUGGAACAAAAUUUUGCCUUUUUGAAGAAGGGCACCACCUCAGCCAAUAUACCAAAUCUCAUGAACACCAUGAUGGAAUUGAGAAAGUGUUGUAUACAUCCUUAUCUUCUCAAUGGUGCAGAGGAACAAAUCCAAUACGAUUAUCGUCAUCAACAUGGUGAAGAUCCUGAGUCUUACUACAAAAAUAUUAUACAUUCUUCGGGUAAAAUGGUAUUGAUAGACAAGCUGUUGCCCAAAUUAAAGGCCAACGGCCAUAGGGUAUUGAUUUUUUCUCAAAUGGUUAAAUGUCUUGAUAUCUUGGAAGAUUAUCUUAUAUAUCGCAAAUAUCCUUUUGAACGUAUAGAUGGUCGUAUACGUGGUAAUUUAAGGCAAGAAGCAAUUGAUCGUUAUUCCAAACCCGGUUCAGAUAGAUUCGUUUUCUUGCUGUGCACCAAGGCUGGUGGUUUGGGUAUUAAUUUAACAGCUGCUGAUACUGUUAUCAUUUACGAUUCCGAUUGGAAUCCUCAAAAUGAUUUACAAGCUCAGGCCCGUUGCCAUCGUAUUGGUCAACGUAAAAUGGUUAAAAUCUAUCGUUUGUUAUGCCGCAACACUUACGAACGUGAAAUGUUUGAUAAGGCGUCUUUGAAAUUGGGUCUUGAUAAGGCUGUCUUGCAGUCCAUGAACACUCAUGCUUCCAAGGAAGGAGGCAAUAAACAGCUGUCGAAAAAGGAAAUUGAAGAUCUAUUGAAAAAGGGUGCCUAUGGCGCUGUUAUGGAUGAUGACAAUGCUGGCGAUAAGUUUUGUGAAGAAGAUAUUGAUUCUAUUCUAAAGAGACGUACACAAGUUAUUACCAUGGAACAGGAGAAAGGUUCUACCUUUUCCAAAGCUUCCUUUGCCGCUUCCGGUAAUCGUUCGGACAUCACCAUUGAUGAUCCAGACUUUUGGACAAAAUGGGCUAAGAAAGCCGACAUUGAUCCAGAUGCUGUGGAAAAAGAUGAAACUGAAGAUUUGGUUUUGUCAGAACCACGCAGAAGAACACAAAUUAAACGUUAUGGUCAUGAAGAUGUUAUGGAACUUAAUUCGGAAGAUUCUUCCAAUGAGAAUAGUGAUGAAGAAGGUGGUAUAGGUUUACGUUCAACACGUAGAUCACGCAAAGAAAAACGAGAAAGAUGUCGUGAGAAGAAAGCCAAUGAUGAGUAUAUACCCCGAGAAAGAGAUGCUUUAGCUGCUUUGGGUCUGGAAGAGAUACACUAUGGCAAUUGGGCUAAAUCCGAAUGUUUCAAAGUGGAAAAGGGUUUAUUAUCAUUUGGCUGGGGACGUUGGCCAGAAAUCUUAGAAUUGGGUCAAUUUAAACGCGGUUGGCGUGAAAUUGAUGUUGAAGAUUGUGCCCGAAUAAUUCUACUCUAUUGCUUGCAAGUCUACAAGGGUGAUGAGAAGAUAAAAACUUUUAUUUGGGAUCUUAUAACACCCACCGAAGAUGGUGAAAUACAAAAAAUUAGCCGGGAUCAUAGUGGUCUCCAUAAUUUGGUGCCACGAGGUAGGAAUGCAAAAGGACGUAAUGGUGGUAAAACUCAAAAAGAGCUAGCCGCUCAAGCUGCUGCCGAAGCAGCCGAGGCAGCUGCUGCAGCUGCGGCGGCCGCUGCUGCUGCAGCCACCGGUUUAAAGACAGCUAAAAAAGAAAUUGGUACACAGGGUCUACAGAAUAUACAGGAUCCAAAUCACUGGAGUAAACAUGAAAAAUAUGAUGCUGAUUCAUAUUUGGAAGGAGCCUACAAAAAACAUUUAAGCAGACACGCGAAUAAAGUUUUAUUGCGCGUUCGUAUGCUUUAUUAUAUACAACAUGAGGUGAUUGGAGAUCUGGUACAACAGAUUAAAGAGAAUACUCCGGUCAGUGAGCUUCCUAUACGCCCUCCUACAAUGGCCGAGACCGUGCCUGCUUCUUGGUGGAAUCCUCCCUGCUGCGAUAAGAGUCUUUUGGUGGGCACUUUUAAACAUGGCUGUGAAAUGUAUCGUGUUAUGCGUUCAGAUCCUGCAUUAUGUUUUGCUGGACACGUUGGUUCGCCGAACGAUGAUGUUACCGUAACUAACUUGCCGAUCAACGAAGACGAUGCAAAUUCCAAACAAGAUGCUGAUGUCGAAGAAAUCGAUGAUGAUGGCACUGCCACCAAAGACUCUGAUUCCACCAAAUUGACGGCGGGCGAUAAAGAUAAAGAUUCUUUAGAUCCUCCCGAACGUCCCAGCUCUUCGGGUAAGAAUAAAAAAUUGGCGAAAAAGGCAACCGCUGACGAAACAGUUGCAGUCAAUGCUAACGACAAGGCUGAGGAGAAUAAAAAGGCCGUAGAUGAAGCGACCAAGGAAACAAAAGAAAACAAAUCAGAAGCCAACGACGAUAUGACAGAAGAUGAAAAAAUUAAAGACAAGGAUAAUAAUGAUAAAGCAAAAGCUAAAGACACAGAACUUGAAACUGAAAAUGACAAAGAUAAAGAUAAAUCUUCUGCUGUAACAACUUCUGAUGUUUCCGAUAGCAAACUAGAGAAAAUGGAAGAGGAUAGUGAAACGGCGUCUGCUGUUGUUAUUGGUGAUAAAUCUGAGGCUGAUGCCACUACCACGGACAAUAGUAAUGAUACAACAGCAGCCGCUGCUACCGAUUCCAAUUCUAUGGAUGCCACCGUUUCCGAGUCUUGCGCUACAACUACUGCCGGUGCUGAUUCUCCUCUAGCCAGCACAUCGACUGAAACUGUUAACGUUGAGGAAGCUUCUUCAAAUUCGGCCUCUAAUACGGCCACAAAUACAUGUACUACCACCACCAUCACCUCAACUACCACUACUACCAAUUUAACUACUACCACUACAUCCACCACCACAUCUUCUACUAUUACCACCACCACCAAUUCAGCUACCACCAAUUCAUCUUCAAAUGAACAAACGCAAAAUGAUACUGUUAAUACCACAACCUCAUGUUUAGGCCUGGACGAAGAAGAAAGUGGUGCUGGUUCAUAUCCACCCACACAAGCGCCCAUUGAUGAUAAUUCCGCCACACUGUGGCCUUCCAUGCAAGAUUUAAAUACACGUCUACGACGUGUCAUCACAGCCUAUCAAAGAAACUACAAAAAAGAAGAAUUAAAACAACAACAAAAGGCCAAGCUACAAGCUUUGGUCUCCUCGACACCACCGCUGUCGGUGCCAACAACUCCAACAUUGCAAUCAAUGCAAAUGCAGAUGCAAAACACUUCAGGAGUUGCUACAGCUGCUAAUGCAUCAAAUCAAGAUCCUGGUAGUCGUAGUUUACAAUCAUUGAUACAAAAUCAAAAUAGUGUACUAUCAACGGGACCAAGUACUUCGGCGGCUGCUGCCGCUGCUGCACAAAAUGCUGCUCAAAAUGCUUCUAUACAGCAACAAUUACAACAACAGCAACAGCAGCAGCAACAUCAACAUCAACAACAGCAGCAGCAACUGCAACAACAACAACAGCAGCAACAACUACAACAGCAGCAGCAACAACAACAACAACAGCAGCAGCAACAACAACAGCAGCAACAGCAACAACAAGCUAGUGCUGCUGUUGCUGCACUUACCUCUACACCCAUGCCAACAGCGGCCGACAUUAGUUUAAUGCUGAACAUUUUGAAUACGACCGACGUUAGUCAAUUGGCUAAUUUGGAUAUCAAUAAACUGGCCAUGUAUUUGGUUAGUAUGAAUAAUAAAAUGGAACGUCAGGGUAAAAUGGAAAUAGCUGCCCGCGAACGUGAAAUGCAACGUUUACAGUGUAUACCUAAAAAAUGGAAUCGUCGUGAAGAAUAUGAGUUUCUACGUGUACUCACCGGUUACGGUGUAGAUCUUUUGCCACCCUCUGCCUUAACACCCGGUCUUACUACACUCUCUCCCGACUGGACUAAAUUUAAACAAAUGGCUCAUUUGGAGCGAAAAAGUGAUGAGACUCUGGGUGAUUACUAUAAAGUAUUUAUAGCCAUGUGUAAGAGACAGGCCGGCGUUAAGUUGUCUGAAAAUGAAAAGGGUCUAGAGGGCAUAAUUGAAGAUAUAAGUGAAGAUCAUGCUAAAUUAAUAUUAGAUCGUUUGGAAUUGCUAUCGAAAUUGCGUGAAAUAGCCAAACAUCCACAAUUGGAAGAACGUUUGAAAUUGUGUAUGGUAAAUGCCGAUACACCCGAUUGGUGGGAGCCUGGUAAACAUGAUAAAGAGCUAAUAGCAGCCGUACUCAAACAUGGUCUCUAUAGAUCGAAAACAUUUAUAUUUAAUGAUCACACCUUCUCAUUUGCCGAUUCUGAAAAGAGAUUUUUACGUGAAUUAGAGGCUCAAAUGCAACGUUCUAUUAAAUUGGAAGCCUUAAAUGCUGAGAAAUUAGCCGCAGCUUCUAAAGCAGCAUCCGUAAAAGAUGAAAUUAUCGAUUUGGAUGAAGAACUUUUAACCAAGGAUAGUUUGAUUAAAAAGGAAAAUUUCUCACCAGUUAAAACGGAAAUUAAAACAGAAUCCUUAACAAGUGAAGUUAAAACAGAAGUUGCCAAAAAGGAGCCAGGUGAAGAAGACAAAGAAAUGAAACCAGAAGAUUUAAAUACACCUAAAGAAGAUAUAGAAACACAAGAUUUAACAAAAGAUGAAGAUGAUGAAGUAGUAGUUAAGGAAAAGGACGAUAAAGAAACAGAAAUAAAAACUAAAACUGAAACUGAAACUUCAGAAAAUGUAGAAGAAGUUAAAGAAAAGUGUGUAGAAGAGGAAGAAGCUGCUAAGAAGGACAUUUCCAAAGAUGAAACAAUGGAGGUGGACAAUAGUGAGGAACAAGAGACAACAGAAGAUUUAAGUAAAUCUAAAGAAGAAGAUAAAUCUUUGGAAAAAGUUAAUAAAUCUAUGGAGGCAACAGAAACUAAAGAGGAAGACAAAAUCGAUUUAGAAAAAGAAAGUAAAAAAUCCGAUAACAAGGAAGAAGAAGAUGAGGUAUUAUGCUUAGAAAAGGAAAAAGAAAAAACAGAGGAAAGUAAAAAGGAACAAGAUAAGGAAUCUGAAAAAUCCGAAACUGAAACUGAACCUAAAGAAACAGCAACAGAAAAAGAAACUGAGAAAUUGGUUAAACCUAAAGAUGAUGAAGAAAUGCUGGACUUAACUACAGCUACUACCGGUUCAAAUGAUCCAGAUGAUGAGGAAGUUAUGAAGGAAAAAGAAAAAGCGGUCGAAGAAGAAUGCAAAAAACAGGCGGCCGAACUUAAAGCUAGAUUCCCAGAUUUAGAAGUUAUACAGCCGGGAGCUGCCAAACAGAAACAAGAAAAACCCAAACUUGAGAUAAGUAUUAGUUGGUUUAAAGAUUUCGCCUUGGAGAGACGUAUCUAUCAUAUUGUUUCCUGUAUUGAAACAGGCAAAUGGCCAGUGGAUAAAUCCUAUUCAGCCUUGGUGGGUUGCAAGGGUAUUGAACUUAAUAUAGGCUUACACGAAGCCAUACCACAUCUCAGUGUGGCGGUUGAAAAACGUUCUACUACCCCUGAUGUUAUAACCAUUACCACAGAUCAUGGUGUCACCAAACAUUUGUCCACUUCACAAGUGCAGCAAGUGGUUUCACCAAAUGUUACUAAUGCCACAACGGCGGCUAUAGUUUCCACAAAUGUGUCGGUGCCCACAAUUAAUACCACAAGUACCUCUUCCAAAUCGGCGUUGGCAUUGUCAACGUCGACGGUGGCGCCCAUAACUACCUCCUCUACCCCAUCUUCAGUACCAGCCAUGUCGCCAGCUUCGUCUGCUUCUUCAGCAGCUGCUGCGGCCGCCGCUGCUGCUGCUGCAGCCGGUUUGGGUGGCUUAGAUGCCAAUAGUUUUAAUGCCGCCAUGGCUGCGGCGGUGGCUGCCGCCGGAGGCAAUGCUAGUGCUUUAAGCGCUUUAUUGCCCGGUAUGUCUUUGACAUCUUUGCCUGGUUUAAAUAUACCCAAUGCCAGCAGUCCCGUUCCCAGUAAUAGCUCUACUACAACCAAUACAAAUUCGGGUAAAAAACGUAAACGUCAUAUUGCCAUCGAUGUGGAAACGGAAAGAGCCAAAUUACAUGCUCUUCUAAAUAGUGCUCAGACUUUGGCUCCCAAAGAUUGGGAAACAGAAAUUGCUAAUAUGACAGCAGCGGCUGCUGCUGCAUCCACUGGUGUUAGCACUUCUUCAAGGCGUCCCUCAUCAGCUGCUUCCCCAGCAGCUAAUUCUUCUCUAAGCAGUGCUUUGCAACCGCCACCAGCGCAUCAACAUGCUCCUUUGUCCAGACAAAAUUCAGGUCAAUUUAGUAAACCUGCUGUUCCACCAUUAAAAACACCACCACCCUCUUCUAUGGGUGGUGCCAUGGAUUUAUCUUCAAGCUUACCCAAAAUGAAUAUGGCUGAAAUAAUGAAAUCCGCUUCUUCUUCGGGAGCUAUCGAUUUAAGUGAGGUACAAGAUUUUUCCAUGAGUUCGAAAAAGCUAUCAUCAUCCUCAAGUUCAUCGUCAUCCGCACUGUCUGCUAAUACCUCAAGCAUACAUGCGGCUUUAAGUUCUGCAUUCCCCUCAAUGGCCAGUAAAGGUGGAAAACUUGAUGAUACCUUAAAUAAAUUAAUGAAGAAAAACAAUUGCACCAUUGAAGAACCAGUUGUAGGUAAAGAGAAGAAACGCAAGAAGUUGGAUGAAAUCGUCUUGGGUCUAUCGGCUGCCAAGGAACAAAAGACUUUCCCGGAUCCUUCCUUGCCCUCAUCUAAGAAGCCACAAAUACCACCCAGUGUUUCGGUAACCCCCGCUAAUAUACCAACAUCCAUGUCUUCACAACAACAAAAUCAAAAACCUUUUACUAUCACUGUUACGACAGUGCCCGGAAAAGGUAAAGGUAGCUCUUCAUCGGCUGGACAAUCGACUUCGACAUCAUCGUCGUCUUCGGCUAAUACUGGUUUGUCGGCUUUACAAAGUAUGGCUGGCAUGGGUGGUCUAUCGGCCAAGGAUAGUCUUAAUGCUUUAUUAGCUCAAACAAUGGCCACAGAUCCGCAAACGUUCCUUAAGCAACAGCAAAAGAUGAUGCAAUGUUUGCCACCAGCUCAACGUAAACUUUAUGAAAGUAUGUUGGCUGAUAUGGAACAGGCUAUGAAGUCAAAUAAAUAUGGUUCUCCUCAUGAUACCAAGGUUGAUAAAUGGCUAACUGAUGUCAAUUCUCCCUUAACAAUGGACUAUACCGGCGGCGCAUCCUCGGCCAAUAGUACCAGCAGUAGUAAUACGCCCAGUUCAAACAGUCGUAGAUCUAGUCGCCAACAAUCGUCAACACCCACACAACAAUCAUUAAGCGCAUCUCAGAUGUCAUCGUCGAAAUCCUCUAAUUCUUCAUCGCACAGUCAAUCGCAUCAACAUCAACAACAGCAACAACAAUCAUCAAUGGGAGGACCACCACCUGGUCUAACCGGCGAUGAACCAGUGCCGGUAAUAAAUAAACAAACUGGCAAAAGACUGACCGGUAACAAAGCACCUCAACUAAAGAGAUUAAUGCAAUGGCUCACAGAAAAUCCCAAUUAUGAAGUUGAUCCCAAGUGGUUGGAACAAAUGCAAAAUCCCAUGUCUGCUCCUUCACCUAAACCUAUGGAAUCAUCAUAUAGUUCGAGCAGUAAAUCUCAUACAGGCCGACCAUCCUCUACAUCCAGCAAUGCCUCCUCCGGCAGCCAUUCGAAUUCUCAGCAACAGUCUUCGUCGCAGUCUACAUCUUCGAAUUCCAGUUCUUCGAAGAAAUCCUCACGGCAGUCGGCCAUGGAUCAGGCUAAUGCUGCAAUGCAGUUCGGCUCAUUAGCGGGUUUAAAUCCCAGUCUUUUGGCCGGUCUUCCCAAUUUGGGUGGAUUCGAUCCCAAGAAUCCUCUUUCAGCCUUUGAUCCCAAGAAUCCUUUAUUGUCUAUGCCGUUUGCUGGUAUGCCUGGCAUGGGCAAUAUACCCGGUUUGGGUAAUCUAAACAAUAUGAACCUUUUCGCCAGUUUGGCGGGUAUGGGAGGUUUAGGCAAUUUAGCUGGCAUGGAUACACAAUCUUUGGCCGCUCUUAUGGCAGCAGCUGGACCUGCUUUAAGUGGUUUAGGCGGUGUUACGGGUAGCUCCUCAAACAGCGGAUCGAACAGUAAAAACUCCUCACAAUCGAAUACAUCAUCGAGUAAAAAGAGCAAAAAUGAUCAACAGGCUCAGCAAAAUGCUGCAGCCGCCGCUGCUGCUGCAGCCGCGGCAGCUUUAGGAGCUAGUUCCUCUACGGGUAGUAAUAACUCGUCAUCGGGAUCAAAUUCUAAGAAUUCUGCUGCUGCAGCAGCUGCCUCAGCUUCCCAAUUGGCGGCAGGCUUCCCCUUCUUAUUUGCCAAUCCCUCACUUCUGUAUCCACCCAUGGGUAUGAGUGGCUUAAAUCCAUACUCUUUGGGUUCCACCGGUUUGGGUUCGGCCUAUGAUCAAUUGGCCCAACAGUAUUUAAUGAAUGGAGCUUCCUCAGCCGGUUCCACUUCCACAACACAAUCCAAGGCUCAUCAAUCACAGUCCAAAUCAUCCAACUCUCGUUCAUCAGCCUCCUCAGCAGCUGCCUCAUCGGCGGCCCAGGCAGCAAGUCUCAUGAAUGCAAUGGCUGCCAGCAUGUCUGGUUCCAGCGGUCAAGGUUCUAGUUCAACACAAUCGUCCUCAUCACGCGGUCGCCAAUCGUCAGCCAGCAGAGCAGCUGCCCAAGCUUCUGCAGAAAUGGCUCAAUUAUCUAAUCUAUUAUUGCCUCCAGCAGAUGCUCAAAUUUUGGAAUCAUUCUCAAGAAUGGCAAAUAUGGAUUUGGCUCAGGCCACUAGACUCAUGAACUCCUUAGGCAUGCCACCAAUAUCCGGUUCAUCAACUUCAUCUUCCAACACCGUUAGUGAGAAGAGAUCUUCUUCGAGUUCAUCCGCCUCAAAUGCUGCAGCCGCAGCUGCUCAACAGGCUGCCAAGGAACAACAGAAACUUAUGGAACAGUUGGCUAGAGGUCAGUUGCCAACAGACUUAGCUACACUACAAGCCUUAUCACAAGGCAAACUGCCACCCUCUAUGACCGGCGCCACCAGCAGUUCUUCAAGUAAUACCUCCUCUUCUAAUACAUCCAACAGCAAGAGUGCUAAGGCAGCGGCCGCCGCGGCUGCUGCAGCUGCUGCCGCCUUACCACAAAUACCCGGUAUGCCUGCUGAUUUCAGUCAAGCCUUUUUGGCCGAAAUGGCAGCUCAAGCUAUGGCGGCUGCUGGUAGCUCCUUACCACUUACCGGGCCCGGUUCUCUGGCCAGCUUAACAGGUAGUUUGGCUGGUCUCACUGGAGGCUCCUCCACCACUACCAGCUCUUCAUCAUCGUCGGCCUCGAAGAGACAAAGAGAUCAAGAUGCUUUAGCCAAGGAUGCCUUCCAAAAACAAAUGGACUAUUAUACCAAACAAUUGGGCUUGGGCUCUGGCAUUUCCCUAAUACCCACUUCGGCAUCGGCCACCACACCCUCCUACUCGAACACCUCGUCUUCACAGGAUGACCAUCAUAAGUCCAAGAGACAGCGUACUGAUACAUCAGCAUCGCUUAAAGACGACCUAAAUACUGCAGCAGCUUUGGCAGCUGCGGGUUUUCCUUUAAAUCUGGGUGGAGGCAUGACAAGUAUAGAGAAAUCUAUUCGAGGCUCCUCUUCAUCGUCUACUAGCCAACAACCGGAGGCCGAUAAGGUAACCUUAACGCCAUUGAAUUCAGCGGGCAUAGCGGCCAACUUACCCUCACAAACGACCAUAACAAUAGCACCGCCCAUAAGUUCGGGAGCCAGUUCAAGCAGUGAACGUUCCGAACGUAGUGAAUCUAGAAUAUCUUUGACCAUUACAAAUGCGGCAGAGGCAGCCAAAAUGCCACCACCCUACGAGGAAGCCGAUGAACUGAUAAUACAACCAAUACUCAAAAAACCCGCAUCAUCAGCUCAAACGCAAUCACAACAACAACAGCAACAACAAAAUCCAUCCACAUCCAACUCACAAAUACCACCACCCACCUCGACAGCAAAUACUAGCACAGCCAGCGCAGGUUCACACAGCGGUAGCAUAGAAGAUUUAGCCACUGAAUCGGGUAAUAAUACUUCUGCCUCGUCCACUAACGAAGAGACACGUAGAUCUUCGGGUCGUCUAAAACGUCCACGUUCUGGGGCCGAUCAUUCCCUCAUUAGCGAACAGCCACCAGAGAAAAGACGCGAAUUAAGAUCCACACGCCACACACGUCAAUCGUCAUCAGGUAGUGCCGAUAAUUCUUUAAAUCUGUCCACAAGUAGUGAAAACGAAGAAAAACAAGAAUGAGUUUUAAGGCGCUUAAGGCGCACAUCUAUAAAUAAAUAGUAGGAAAUUAUUGUUAAAGGACGCCGUCAGAGGAGAAAAUGAAAAUAAAUUUAAAUGGGUUGGUGGGAGAGUAAAAGAAUAAACAAGAAAGAAAGAAAAAGAUCAAGCUGCUUUAAAAGAAUAUAGGGGACUUACAAAGAAAGUUAAUUAACAGCUGUUUAAAAGCAAAAAACAGAGAAAAAAAAAAAGAGUAGAACUUUUUAUUAGUUUUUAGUAAAGAGAAAAAAACAAAAUAAAAAAACAUUAAUUAUAAACUAAAGAGUAAAUAUCACAGAAAGACUCUUUAUAAAAGUAUAAAUAAAAAAACAACUGCGAAAGCAAGUAAAAUUU